UCCACUGCCUCAAUUUCCGUUAUCCCUCUCACCUGCCCCACUUUACAUCCACCAAGGUAUGCCACUCAUAACUCUUCUUCUAAAAAAAAUCCAUCUUUCUUGAUUUAGCUGUUCAUUGAACUAUUGCCAUGGCAUCAUUUAGAUUACCACCAACUUCUUUAGACUCAUUUUAUUCAAACAAGUCAAAUUUCUCUACAAACCCACUUCAUUUCCCUGGCAAUUCUACACCUUUUUCCAUUUCUAGUUGUAUUCAUUUGAUCACUUCUUUGAGUAGAUUUAGUGCUGUUAAGGUGUCUAGAAUCGAAACUGAAUUGUCUGAAAAGGACCCUUUUUUAUCAACUUCAGAGGGUUUGGUUAGUGAGAAUGAACAAAAGGACCUCGAUUUUGAACAUGAGAGAAAAAUUAAGUACAAGGGUGCUAAGAAAGGGACUAAGAGGGAAGUGGGUUUUAAGUUUAGUUGUAAAAGGAAAGGUAGCAGGCUAGAAAGGGAAGGCUUUUUUGUGUAUGAUGGUGAGUUGGAUGUUAAUUACUCUGUUGUUGGGUCUAAUAUGAGCUUAGAGCAAUGUAAUGAUGUUUUGAAACGGCUCGAGAAGGGUACCAGUGAUGAUAAAACUUUGAGGUUUUUUGAGUGGAUGAGGAGUAAUGGGAAGCUUGAAAAGAAUGUUAGUGCUUUCAAUGUUGUUUUUCGAGUGUUGGGUAGGAGGGAGGAUUGGGAUACUGCUGAGAGGAUGAUUAGGGAAAUGAGGGAGAGUUUUGGUUCUGAGCUGGAUUGUAGAGUCUUUAACACACUUAUUUACUCUUGUUCUAAACGGGGGAGUGUGGAGUUGAGUGGGAAAUGGUUUAGGAUGAUGUUGGAGCUUGGGGUUCAGCCAAAUGUCGCUACUUUUGGUAUGGUAAUGGGGCUUUACCAGAAGGGUUGGAAUGUUGAGGAGGCAGAAUUUUCUUUUGCUAAAAUGAGGAGUUUUGGGAUAAUAUGUCAGUCCGCAUACUCGGCAAUGAUCACUAUUUAUACCCGUUUGAGUUUGUAUGACAAGGCAGAAGAGGUUAUCGGUUUGAUGAGAGACGAUAAGGUGGUGUUAAAUUUGGAGAAUUGGUUGGUUUUGCUUAAUGCAUAUAGUCAGCAAGGGAAGUUAGAGAAGGCCGAGCAGCUGUUGGUUUCAAUGCAAGAAGCCAAGUUUUCCCCUACUAUUGUUGCAUACAAUAUAUUGAUCACUGGUUACGGAAAGGCAUCCAAUAUGGUUGCCGCUCAACGGCUGUUCUCAGGCAUCCAAAAUGCUGGAUUAGAGCCUGAUGAUACAACCUACCGUUCCAUGAUUGAAGGUUGGGGUCGUGUUGGCAAUUAUAAGGAGGCAGAAUGGUACUAUAAGGAGCUCAAGCGGCUGGGAUUCAAGCCUAACUCACCCAACUUGUACACGCUAAUAAAUUUGCAAGCUGAGCAUGGGGAUGAAGAAGGUGCUUGCAGAACUCUUGAUGAUAUGCUGAAGAUAGGGUGCCAGUAUUCCUCAAUCCUUGGAACUCUUUUGAAAGCAUAUGAGAAGGUCGGAAGGAUUGAUAAAAUUCCUUUUCUUUUGAAAGGUUCCUUCUAUCAAUAUGUUACCGUUAACCAGAAUUCAUGCUCCAUUCUUGUCACUGCUUAUGUAAAAAACCUGUUGGUUGAUGAGGCUAUAAAAUUGUUGGGUGACAAAAAAUGGAAUGAUCCAGUUUUUGAGGAUAACUUGUAUCAUUUGUUAAUCUGCUCAUGCAAGGAGCUGGGCCAUCUUGACAGUGCUGUUAAGAUAUACUCUUUUAUGCCCAAAUCUGAUGAUAGACCAAAUUUGCACAUCUCGUGUACCAUGAUUGACAUUUACACUGCUAUGGGCCAAUUUAAUGAGGGGGAAAAACUUUAUAUGAAGUUAAAAUCUUCUGGAAUUGAUUUAGAUGUGAUUGCUUUCAGCAUUGUCGUAAGAAUGUAUGUCAAAGCUGGAUCUUUGAAGGAUGCUUGUUCUGUUCUAGAAACAAUGGAGAAGGAAAAGGACAUGGUUCCAGACAUUUAUCUGUUCCGGGACAUGCUUCGCAUUUACCAACAGCGUGGAAUGAUGGAUAAGUUAAAUGAUCUGUAUUUCAAAAUCUUGAAGAGUGGAGUUGUUUGGGAUCAGGAGUUGUAUAAUUGCCUCAUAAACUGCUGUGGUCGUGCUCUGCCAGUUGGUGAACUUUCCAGACUUUUCAAUGAGAUGCUUCAGCGUGGUUUUGAUCCUAAUACCAUUACCUUCAAUGUCAUGCUUGAUGUUUAUGCAAAGGCUAAGCUUUUCAAUAAAGCUAGGGAACUGUUCAUGAUGGCUAGAAAACGAGGAUUGGUUGAUGUAAUCUCUUACAAUACCAUUAUAGCUGCUUAUGGACGCAAAAGAGACUUCAAAAAUAUGGCAUCAACCAUACACACUAUGCAAUUUGAUGGCUUUUCAGUUUCCCUCGAAGCCUACAACUGUGUGUUGGAUGCCUACGGGAAAGAAGGUCAGAUGGAGAGUUUUAGAAGUGUCUUGCAGAGAAUGAAGAAUUCAAGCUGUACUGCUGACCAUUAUACAUACAACAUUAUGAUGAAUAUCUAUGGAGAGCUAGGGUGGAUUGAUGAAGUUGCAGGUGUGCUCACAGAACUGAGAGAAUGUGGGCUGGGACCUGAUUUGUGUAGCUAUAAUACACUGAUAAAGGCAUAUGGAAUUGCUGGAAUGGUUGAAGAUGCUGUGGGUUUGGUCAAGGAAAUGAGGCAAAAUGGGGUAGAACCUGAUAAGAUAACCUACACCAAUCUGAUUACUACAUUGCAGAAGAAUGAUAAAUACUUGGAGGCUGUUAAAUGGUCCUUGUGGAUGAAGCAGAGGGGACUAUGAAGCACACACAACUAAAGUACAUAUAGUUUUCUCUUUUCAGUAAUCUCUUCAUCAGACUCUUUUAAGUCAGAAAGAGCCUGGCAUAGAUGAUGGAUCCUACUUAAUAUAUCUGAAGUUUUGGCACCCUAGAGUCUCAAGAUUCUGUACAUUUGGGAGAAACUGGCUCUAUGUGAAAUGGUUAAAAGGUGUAAAAGACACAUGGUGUAAAAGGUGUAGCAUCCUUGUAUGUCUUGCCCUCAGAAUAUGGUUAUGCAGAAGUGAAAAGGCCAGUUGAUAAAUCAACAUCAAGAACUUAAAUGAUGGCGUGGAUAUCACACAGUCAAGUCAGUCAAAGCACCGAUAACUUCUGCUUUGAGAAUUUAUCAUUCUGGUGCAUUCUUUCCACGGAAGUGAUGAAAUUCAGUUCGAUAGAGGUGUUCGCAUUUCUAAGUUCAAUCGGUGUUUCUUCUGCAAACCAAACUGGGUUGUAUAUAUGCAUAAAUGUCUUAUGUAUCAGAAAUCAGUUUAUAUUUCUGCCCAUUUUCACGUCAGAAAACAGUGUCGUUCUUCAUGUAUUGGUUCAUGUAAUUACAAGAAACUUUGAUUUUGCUA